AUGGAGCGACUAAAGAGCGUGUAUCAGCCCCCCCCCACCCUCCCGUCCUCGCGUCUGCUUCCUCUUCUGGUGUUCGCAGCCCUCAUCUACUGCCUCGAGUUCCUGCUUGUCAAUCUCGACUGGUUAGAGGAGCAAAUCAAAAAAUUCAAAAGCCAUUACAUUCUAUUCGACUGCCCCGGACAGGUUGAGGUGUACACGCACCACGAGUCCAUGCAGCGCGUCGUCCAGCGCCUGCAAAAGGGCCUCGACGCAAGAUACAUCAGCGCGCUUCUCGUCUCUUUAAGCGGCCAGCUGCUGCUGGAGCUGCCGCACGUGAACGUCCUGUCGAAGAUCGACCUUUUGAAACAUCACCGAGACCAGUUAGCGUUUCGCCUGGAGUACUUCGCAGAAGUGCAAGACCUCAGCGAACUCAUUACCGCUAUGGAGAACACGCAUCCGAUGACGGCAAAGAUGAAGGAGCACACCGAACUGCUCUGUGAACUCAUCGAGGAUUAUAACCUCGUUUCAUUCAAACUCCUCGACAUUCAGGAGAAGCACUCCGUGCUCAAUCUCCUCAAGGCCAUCGACGUGGCAAAUGGCUACAGCCUAGGAAACAUGGCGGCAGAUUUCAACAUCUUCAACGUGGCUCUCGACAACACGGAAGACACAGCAGAUCUGCUAGACACGAUCCAGGAACGCUACGUCGAUUUAGACGAAGAGGAAGAAGAAAGAGAGAAACCGUGA